UGAUCUCAGAUCUGAUCCCGGAGUUUGACGGUGUGGACAUGAGUUCUCCAAACUGUGUUGUCAUCGGAGACGCUGCGGAUAACUUCUCCUACCAGAACCUGAACGAAGCCUUCCGUGUUCUGAUUGGCCUGGAGAAACCGCUGCUGUUCUCGCUGGGUCAAGGACGCUACUAUAAGGAGACGGACGGUCUGAAGCUGGACGUGGGUGUGUUUAUGAAGGCACUGGAGUACGCGUGUGACGUCCAGGCCGAGGUGGUGGGAAAACCAUCAGCUGAGUUCUUCCAGAUGGUCCUCAGUGACAUGAAGCUCCAGCCGCACGAGGUCAGACACACACACUCAUAU